AUGUCCUACAUCUACCUGGACGCCGGUUUUAUUCAAAUGCUGAAGGCUGGGACGCCAGCGCUCCUUAUGUUCGUUCUCUACAUCUGCAAGAUCGAGACCAUCUCGCCGUUGAGUGGUUGCCUGGCGAUGUCCAUGGUGGGUGGCAGCCUGCUCGCCUGUCUGCAGCAGCCCAACAUCAACAUGCUAGGCAUGUUCAUCCAGUUGGUUUCCCAAGUCUGCGAAGUCGUGCAAUGCACCGCCGUGCAGAUCUUCCUGCAGAAGCGUGGAUUCGAGGCCUGGGAUGCAGGCUUCUACCUCGCUCCCGCAGUCGCAUCGUGCUGCCUGGUGACGUCGCUCAUCUUAGAGUGGCCGACCAUCAUCGCCGACCAGCAGGUAUGGCUGCUCUUCGACCAGUUGCCCCUGCUUAUGGCCAGUGGUGCGAUCGGAAUCGUCGUCAACCUCUCGUCCUUGCUGGUGAUCAAGUACACCUCGAGCCUUAUGGCCAAACUCCUUGUCAUCGUGCGCAGCAGCGCGCUCGUGCUGUUCUUCUUCGCGCUGGGAGAGGACUUCACUUGGGUGCAGGUUGCUGGUUACGUCUUCACAAUCCUCGCCUUCUGUGGCUACUCCGUGGUGAAGGCUCACGACGCCGAGAAAGCAGAGGAGGAGAUCGUAUCCAAGAGGCUGAUCCUCAUGGAGGAGGGGGGCGCGCCCCCAGAGGAGGUGGCCCUUGUCGAGGCAGGCCAGGGCGGUUGCUUCUCGUCGGAGGAGCCAGCGAAGAUGCGACAAGCGGGCAACUUCUCAGACUUGGAUUUGACCUCGGGCAUGUUCUGGUUCGCCUUCCUGAUCGUCCUGGCCAGCGCGUACCAGGCCGCCGUGCUUGGCGAGAUUCAAUUUCCCGUGCCUUACCGAGCCUUUGUUGGCGUGGCGACGCCGGGACAAGUCCCGCCUGCUCCAUACAUGCCGCUCACAUCCCUCAACCAGGAGAGCCCCGUGCGGCAGAAGCAAGCGCUACUGGCCUCCUCUGUAGAGUCCUCCGCCAAGGUGUUCUACCUCGAGGACGGGCGCUUCCUGGUUCGCCAGGGCUCGAGGGUGACCCUGGCGCGGCGGCACCCGGAGCACUACCUGUCCUCCUCCUGGCUGGUCUCCUCCAGCGAGUUCGGUGCCGUCCAGCUGCGCGCCUACGACUCGGACGGAGACUUCCGCUGGCUUUCGUGCAACUUCCAGCUGACGUACGACCAACUGGAGGCCUGCUCUUUCUGGAUGGCAGCCUCCCACUUCGACCACUGGGAGACUGAGGAGGACGGCUCGAACGAGUUCAUUCUCAGCGGACAGGGCCCUCGCUUUGGGAACCUCUCCGUGGCAGUCAGCGGGAUGGGCCUUUCAUGGAGCUCUCGGCCACAGCCCUUCCAGGUAGCGAACUGGGUUCCUGAGUCCUGCUCCCUCGAUGGCAUGCAGCCUGUUGCCGAGCCUUAUGCCGCGGCCAAGCAGGAGGUGACGAUCACCAUGAUCACGAACUUCACCAAGCAAGCCCGUAGCGGCAUGUUCCGCCAGGCGCUGAGCUCCGUCUUUGAGCACCUCAAGGACCGCCGGCUCUAUGUCAAGGAGAUCCUGGUGGUGGACGAGUGGUAUGCCGGGAGGUCCCAGGCCCUGAACGGCACCCUGACCGGGCCUACCAGCAAGGAGGCCCGUGAGCAGAUCUUGGGGUUCUUCCCCGGCUGCGAGGGCUUCGACACGGCCGGAGCCGCCCAGAGAGCUUCCCGGUGCUCCUUCGUCUUCAAGGAGCCGGAGGAGAGUGGUCAGGCGAGAUCUCUGAACAUCCUCACGCAGCUGAUGGAGACAGAGUUCUGGCUGCACCUCGACGACAGCUCCCUGUUCUACCAGGACUUCUACCUCUCCCGACUGCUCCAGCCCAUCUACGAACAGAAGGAGCGCUGUGACGCGGCCUACGCCUUGGCCCACCCAACGACCAGCACCACAACAACAACUGAGAGUACCACAGCACCGACACUCUUCCCUUUCCUGGCACCACCACCUCUUUCACCGACGCUGCCACCGUUGUCGCCCGCGCUGGGCGCGCCGCUCCCCACAAUGCCGGCUCCUCCUUCGCUCUUCGUAUACCCCGAGAAGAAGCGGCGCCUCGACGAGGAGUCAAGUUCCGAAACUUGCCAGGCAGUCGCUGGAGUUUCCCUUACUCUCCGCGCUGCCGACGACACCUCCGAGCGUACUGGAAGACCUUACGAGGUCGAGAAGUACGCCGUUCCACAGAUCGUUUUCAAUGAUACCUACGUCCAGCAGCUGCUCCGUGACGGAGGUCUGGACAAGGACUCUGGGAACUCGAAAGAGAAGUCGGAGUCGUUUGAACAGGAAACCGACACCCGGUCGGAGCUGUUUGAAAAGGUGGGGGCAGCCCGCUGGCCCCUAGCCCCGUUGAGGCCUGCCUUGUUCAACCUUACCUACAUCAAGAGUCUGGAGGCCCCUCUCUUUGAAGAAGAGGCAAGGGGCAUGUUUUCAGAGGAUACGCCCAACCAAGAUCUCGAGUUUUUAACACGCUGGGCCCGUGGAGGCGCUGCGUUUGCUUCUUUGAUUCCUGGUACUUGCAUGCUUUCCGUGUGA